UCGGCCUAAGGAAGUCGUCGCGUCCGCCACUUCGCUCUGCUCAGCCCCGCCUCGUUCCAACUCUGCGGGUUUCCGCUUCCAUGGCUUCGCCUCCUCUCUCCUCCCCCAGCGGCGACGACGGCGGAUCUCUCGUGGCGGAUCCCGGCUCUCAGGCCGGAAGUGCCGCCGGGAGCUUGCAGGGCGGCGACGGAGUACUCUCCGCGCCGCCCGCCGUAGCAGGACCCGGCGCCUUCCCCGCUUGCUCCUCCGGCGGGGGAGACGACGCGGAGUACGGGUUCCAGCGGCCUGGGUUCGGAAAGGGGCCGCUGGUGGGCACGGUCCAGCCCUACGAUCGGCACCUGUUCCUCUGCUAUAAGUCGCCGGAGGUGUGGCCCUCGCACGUCGAGGGGUCGGAGUCCGACCGCUUGCCGAGGUUCCUGGCGGGUGAGAUCAAGAACUGGGCGUCCUCGAUCGAUAAGAAGACUCGUCUUACCAUAUGUGAAGGAGUGGAUGGCACUGAUUUCUCAAAUGGUGAUGUCUUGAUCUUUCCAGAUAUGAUAAGAUACAGGCGACUAACACAUUUCGAUGUUGAACAUUUUGUUGAUGAAGUGCUUAAGAAAAACUCUGAGUGGCUUCCUUGUACACCUGAGCCACUUUCAGGUUCAUACAUUUUUGUAUGUGCUCAUGGAAGCCGAGAUCGGAGGUGCGGUGUUUGUGGCCCCAUUCUGAUUAAAGGAUUCAAAGAAGAAAUAACAUCACGAGAUCUGCAGGGUCAAGUAUUUGUUAGCCCUUGCUCGCACAUUGGUGGACACAAGUACGCAGGAAACGUUAUAAUAUUUAGCCCAAAUGCCAAUGGACAAGUAGCAGGGCAUUGGUAUGGAUAUGUGACUCCAGAUGAUGUGCCCAUAUUGCUUGAACAGCACAUUGGAAAAGGAAAGAUUGUUGAUCACCUGUGGAGGGGACAGAUGGGGUUAUCCGAAGACGAACAGAGAGCUGCUCAGAAUCUUAGGCUCCAGCUCAAUGGGGAAUUGGAUCAGAACAGUUAUAAUGACUCCAUUGAUACUACCACCGGGAGCAACGGCCGUGCCAGCAGUGUAAUGUCUGGCACAGGUGGCUGCUGUCAGGGAUCUGGUGAGGCUUCUUGUUGCCAAGUCAAAUCAAAGAAGGAAAAACCAGAAAGUCAGUGUGCACGAGAGCAGGAGGCGGCUCAAGACAUUGUGCAGAAGAGUAGCAGCAAGGAUGGCAACGUUAGUAGCCGCAAAGAGCCCAGUACUAGGAAGCUCUGCCCGAUGCCUACCUGGUUCGAGUGCUGGGAACGGGAAGAUACCUAUGCAGCUCUUGCUGUGGUUGCAGCCAUUGCUUCUGUUGCCGUUGCCUAUAGCUAUUAUAGGCAGCUCAGAUGAGAAUGUUCUGAUGCUCCAAGGACAACCCUUUUGCUGCUUGGGCUUCGUUUAACUCGUUUAAGAUACAUACUUAAUGUUGUGUGUGUGAUUUUAUGAGGCAAUCAAUGCUAGAGGACUGAGUGAUAACAUAAUAAGAUGUAUGAUGGCCGAGACCACAGGUGGUUUUUAAUGUGUCAUUUGAAGUGGCACGUUCUGCACUGUGCUAUUUAUAUGUACUGGUGGUGUAGGUUUACAACAUGAAUACAUUUGACUGACUUGUAUGCAUGCUUGGAAAUGGAUGUUAUUUAGCA